AUGGCUGUUGCCUUGCCUUUCCUCGUUAUAGAGCGAAUGGAAGAAAACAUAGCCACCCACCAUGCUCGCUCUAAAAGCUUUCCCUCGGAGCCACACCCACUUAUUCCACAAAUAGUUGAGUAUUUAUGCAGACUGAAGACUUCUGAAGCUACCUCAUCAUCAUCAAUAUGCCACAAACUAAGUGACCUUCAGGACUUGCAUGAUUGCCUUGAUAAGUUGCUUCUAUUACCCCUAACUCAACAAGCAUUCAUCCAAGACCAUCAUAGGAAAUGGUUUGAUCAGCUGUUGGAUGUUUGUAGCAUUGCUAAGGAUGCCUUGUUGGAAAUGAAGACAGGCAUACAUGAACUUCAAUCAACUAUGCGCAGAAGACAAGGAGGUGAAACAAGGCUAGCUAGGGAGGUUGGGAAAUACUUUACCACAGCAUGGAAAGUAAUUCCAUAUAUUGACAAAAACCAUGAGACUCAGGCUAUCAUUAGCACAUUGAGAGAAGUAGAAACAGUCAACUCCGCUGUCCUUGAACCCGUGUUAACCUUUAUAGCCGGAAAAAGGCUGCAAUCAAAUUUGAGCAACUGGUCUUUGGUCUCCAAGCUGGUGCAUCCUAAAAGAGUAGCAUCCAAGGGUGAAGAAAAAAAUGUUAAUGAACUUGAAAAGGUAGACGCCGCAUUGGAGUCACUCAUCGGUCACAAGAAAAGCAAAUCCGAUUGCUUGAUGAAUGUGGAGAGUGUACAAAACUGGUUGGGAAAAUUGGAGUCAAGCAUUCAAGACCUUGAAGAAGGGAUUGAGAACCACUUAAGAUGCCUACUCAAAACCAGAGUUUCCCUUAUCAACAUCAUCAAUCGCUAA